AUGGUUAGGUUGAAGCAAAGAUAUAUCUUAUUUGAUAUAUUAUAUCCACCAACGUCUGAAACGAGUGGCUCUAGAGAAAAUUUAGAGGAUUUCAUUAAUUUUAGUAAAUCACGCCAGAAUGCACUUUUAACUUUGCAUAGAACAUCCCCAUCGAGUAUUAAUCAGAAGGCACUAACACAAGCGAUACGUAAUGUUAUACAAGACCAUUUUGGUGACUUCGGAGCAGGUACGGCUGGUAUGCAAUUUGCAAUCAAGUAUUUCAGUAAUAAAACUUCUACAGGUAUAAUAAGAUGUGGUAGACUGAGUUUUCAAAUGGUGAUUGCUGCAUUAGCCUUAAUGAAUAAACUAGGAGACGAAGAUGUAAUAGUGAGGUGUAUUCAUGUUAGCGGAACUAUUAAAAAAUGUGAAGAAUACUCCAUCAAGAGAAACCGAGAUCUAAUGAGUGUGCUAAAGAGUGGGUCUGGCAAAACAGACCUUAACAGUAUUAUAUCCAACUUCGAAAAUGAGGAUGACAUUAUUGGAGUCACCGAUGAUGAAGCAAAUAUGAACUGA